AUGUCGGAGAGCGACCGUGCCUCGUUCGCCGCUUAUGAUGUAGAGUUUGUUGUAGAGAUUUCACCCUCUACAUCGCUCUACAUCUGCAUCGCUCUGUCCCGCGGCGGAUGCCUUGCGCAGGCGUGUGUCAGAGUCAUCGUAGAGCUAGUGCAAGAGCGUCGUGCCAGCAAAGCGCUUGGCCCGCCGGUCCGUGCUGUCCACCGCCACAUCCUCCGACCGCUCGGCAUUGAGAGCAAUAUGCGCCGCGCCGCGAUCGCGUUGACCGCGGCGCUCCUCGCGUUGAUGCGUGAGCGGCGGCGCCGGUUGCGCUUGCGGCUGCUCCUUGAGGGCGCCAGCCACCGCAUACAGCCUUCGGCCUGGGCUUUGGCAGGCGGGAUCGGCUGGCUCUACGGGAUAGGUUGCGUGCUCGGGCCGUUCUACGGCGUCGGCGUCGGCCUCACCUUCCCGGGCGGCAUUCUCGCCGGCGCCGGUGGCGGGGUCGGGGUCGUCGUCGGCAUUGGCAUGGGCGGCGGGCUCGUGUGGGGUGCUGGCCGUGGCUCUGUGCGCGGCCUCGGCGUGCCGUCAAGCAGUGGCGACGUGAGCUCUCCUCUGCUCCUCGCCGGGAACGACGGCUAG